CGAAGCUGUUGCCCUUGUUUUAGUGAGCUUUUCUCGUUUUACGCUUUGUACAAACCAAGCAGUCUUAAAUUUCCCCUUAGGUCUGUCUUGACAUAUGAAUUCACGUCAUUUGGCGCAAUUUCUAUUUUAUUUCGUUCACAGGGUUUGGCAUCGUGUGGGGCGUGGUCCUGUUUUGAUGAAUUUAACCGCAUCGAUUUGGAAGUGUUAUCAGUGGUAGCACAGCAGAUCUUAACCAUUCAAAUGGGUAUGUACUCACCCAUUAGGGAGCUUAAGCAACAGCGUUUUUGAGCGACGGACGUCAACCGGAAGUGGACGUUGUGCAUCAUUGGGGAGCGGUUUGGUUGAAACUCUCGGGUAAAUCGUCUUUAAAAGAGAAAAGAAACUCAGCAAUACAAGUUUGUUAGCGUCAAGGCAUAUAAAAAGGGAGAAGGCCUCACUUCCGGUUGACGUGCCUCGCUCAAAAACGUCUUUGCUUAAGGUCCCUAUUACCUCUUGUACAACUGUUUAGGGGAACAAAAUUCGAGGAAAUGAGGGGAUCUCCCGGCUAACAUUUUUCCCUGGUUGAAAGUUUCGGCGAGCAAGGCUCUUGGACCCUUUUACGCCUUUUACGAAAGGUCUUCCUCCCAUCUUUUUUACUGAUCGUUGACAUUUAUCAAACUUGCGCUUCUUGAUGCGUUUAUCUUUCAUAAGGCAAAGCCGGGUUUGGCUCAGACUCAGUUACAGUUGUUUUGAAUUGCUGCACAUCACUGUUUUCAGGGACAAAUUUUGACCAUGUUUCUUGUGUAACGUGUAAAUGUCACUAAAACAAUAAUACCAGUAGGAGCUUAUCAGUUGUUGGUAUUGCUUCAGGUAUAAAUUCCGGAUCAGACACCCUUUUGUUUGAAGGAACAGAACUGAAGUUAGACCCGACAUGUGCUACUUUCAUCACCAUGAACCCUGGAUAUGCAGGCAGGUCCGAGUUGCCUGACAAUCUCAAGGUACGCGUUUUCGCCAUUUUGAGGUUGCACGGGAGACCGGAUCGAGAUGGUAGUCAAGGUGCAUUGUGGGAUUGUUUUGGGGAUGAAUUUGCCGCCAUGUUGAAAAUGUGACCCGGUCUCUUGUGCAACCUCAAAGUGGCUAAUAACAUACUAAGUGUACUUGUCUAUCUGUAAGUUUUUUUCCUUUCUAUUUAUCUAUCCUCCUGCUGUGUUUUAUACUUCUUGCACCGUUUAUCUAUACGUCAUCUUGACUUUCUUUUUUCUUAUUGUUCGCAGGCGUUGUUCAGAACUGUGGCUAUGAUGGUUCCUGAUUAUGCAUUGAUCGCUGAAAUAUCUCUGUACUCAUACGGCUUUGUUAACGUAAGUCAAAACUAAUCCCGUGGAGUAUGCGAACUGAUUCCUUUGACCAAUUACGACAAAUGUAGUUACUAUAACGAACCAAUCACAGCUUAAAGAAAAUACAUGCAGCCGGUGUCAAGCGCGGGAAAAAGCACGUGAACAAGUAAAGAAAGUUCCUAGUUAGGUUCUGAUUGGUCAAAACAAUGGUGUGAGAAUUAUUGACCAAUCACAAGCUUUUACAAUGCUUACGUUCUCGUCUAAGGCCGCUGUACAUUAGCAAAACAAAAACAGGGUCAUAAAACUGUUUCCCCUAGUUCAACUGUUCAAAAAAGCUAUGUCCUUUUACUUCUCUAGACAUAACCAUUUGAUCAGCUUGACUCAAUAGUUUUCGCGGCAGCAUGCUGUUCGUCCUUAAUCACCUCCUUUGCCUAGCUGUGAAUAUUGUUAACUCUUACAUUUCCAUCGCAUUGUUGAGCUCUUUUAAUUUUUUUUUUUUUUUUACACCAGGCCCGUCCUCUAGCUGUAAAGAUUGUCACCACGUACACUUUGUGCUCAGAGCAGCUGUCAUCUCAGCAUCACUAUGACUACGGAAUGAGGGCUGUCAAAUCUGUACUCACCGCGGCUGGAAACCUAAAGGUAACAUAACCAUUACACACACCUCUCUUUUCCCCACGAUAAAAGCAAACAAAGCGCAUUAAUUAUGCGUGAAUUAAGUAUGCGUGCAUUAACUAUGCAUGAAGGUGGGCGGAUUAGAUCAUAUUUAAUUGCGCUUUACUAAUUUUAAAUUAUCAUUUAUUCUCUAACUUUUGAGUGUGACCAGACUGAGCCUCUGGCACUCUUUUUAGUUAUCUAAUUGACAAAAUUAGUACUGUCAUAAGCUCUUAAUUUCUGCUGAAAGGAUGUGAUAUGUUGUCUUUUUUCUCUCACUUGUUUUUGUGUGUUAUUCUUUUGCAGUUAAAAUAUCCUGAUCAAAAUGAAGACAUUCUGAUGCUACGUUCUAUCAACGAUGUGAAUCUUCCCAAGUUCUUGGCUCAUGACUUGCCUUUGUUUGAAGUAUGUUGACCAUAAAUUUACAUAUUUUCUUCAUGUGGUGUGGUGCGGAAACGUAACUGAAUUUUAAUAUGCUUUGCAGGUUUAGAUUGUAGUUAUAUAUCUUGAAGGAAGCGCUUAUGGUAGUUCGAUGAUUCAUCAUCAUCAUCAUCACCUUACUUUAUUAUUAUCAUCAUCAUCAUCAUCAUCAUCAUCAUCAUCAUCAUCAUCAUCAUCAUCAUCAUCAUCAUCAACAUCAUCAUCAUCAUCAUCAUCAUCAACAUCAUCAACAUCAUCAUCAUCAUCAUCAUCAUCAUCAACAUCAUCAUCAUCAUCAUCAUCAUCAUCAUCAUCAUCAUCAUCCCUUUCAUCACCGACAUUACCAUCAUAAUCAUAAUCAUCAUCAUCACCAUUGUCCCUUCAUCAGCAUCAUCAUUAUCAUUGUCAAUAUCAAUAUCACCAUCGUCACUAUCGUCAUCAUCAACAUCAUCAUCAUCAUUAUCAUUAUCAAUAUCAUUAUCAAUAUUACCAUCAUCAUCAUCAUCAUCAUCUUCAUCAUCAUCUUCAUCACCACCAUCAUUAUUAUAAACAUCAUUAUCACCAUCGUCGUCAUCAUUAUCAUCAUCAUCAUCAUCAUCGCUAGGCUGAGUAGGUCACCUUAAGCUUUAUCUAAUCACUGCGAUCUUGGGCUCGCUUAUUUAAUGAAAGAUAUUUACGUUGCGCGUUUUUUGUGAUGUAGGGAAUCACUUCAGACUUGUUCCCUGGUGUCAAGCUACCUAAGCCUGAUUAUACGAUUUUGACAAAUGCUGUUGAAGAAAACUGCAAGGCAAUGAACCUACAGAUGACUGAACAGUUCCUCUCCAAGAUAAUUCAGGUCAGUUCUUAACUCCAUUUACUGUUAUUGUUGUUACGUGAUUCUAAAUCUCUCUGUCAAUCGCUCCAGUCAAUAUCUCAUACUAACAAUUUGCUGGGUUUGUUUUGGCCGACCUAGAGUCCCCCGUCAGCCAUACUAUAAAUUCACAACAAGUCUCUUAUUCACAAUCGUGUUUUACGUGCUAGUAGCUGGAAUCGCAUAAUGAGACACGCAUGGCUACAGAUUACAUAUAUUCAAGGCUUUGAUGCUGAACGUCCGUCAGUAAAGAUAAGCAACUUUAUCUUUCUCGUAAAAAGCCAACUGGUGUGCCUUUAGACAGUUAGGCUUGUUCGUUGUUCAGUGUUUGAUUUUUAGUAUUAGUUGAUAUCCUUACUUGAGGGUGAUAAAAACACUAAAGGGUGAAAGCUUUUUCUAAUUUAUAUAUUGUUAUUUGUAUUACAAUGGCAGAUCUAUGAAAUGAUGAUCGUACGUCACGGCUUCAUGAUUGUCGGCGAGCCGUUUGGCGGCAAGACAUGCGCAUAUCGUGUGCUGGCACGUGCACUUAGUGACGUAUCAGAGAAAGGUCUGAUGGAAGAGAACAAAGUACAGACAGUGGUCUUGAAUCCAAAGGCCAUUACAAUGGGGCAGCUGUAUGGACAGUUUGAUCCUGUGUCUCAUGAAUGGUCGGAUGGAGUGUUAGCUGUCAACUAUAGGGCGUUUGCUACAUCAACUGUAAGUAUUGUGCAAUACGGACAAAUUCGGUUCAUUUUCUCUGGGUUGUAUUCGCGUAAGGGAAUUUUAAGGACAGACGUACUAACACAAAACAAUGCCAAAUUAAGACUCAAUGUUACUGGGGCCCAUGGUAUGCUAGACUUUCCAAACGUCUAGCUAAUUAGUUCCAAACGUUCUAAAGAACUCGAUAUAUUCAGAACUUUUAAGAAACGUUUGCGUUGUCAAACCUCCGGUGAAGUUUGGUUCGUGCUACAUAUCAAUAAUGUUUCUAACAUAAUACAUGAGAACGAGUUUGAUAUGAUAAGACGCUGGGGAGCGAGCCAGUCUCUUUAACUGUUUUUGGAAAUCAGAUCAAACACUCGUUCUCAUGUUUGAUAGAGCUUCUCAAUUUAUCAGUAUUUCGAAUAUUCAAUGCAAUAGCUCGCAUAGUAUUUGAUUUCAACACGUUUUUUUACAAAAGGGACUUCAUUUGUUUUUUUGUCUUGAGAAAUUAAUAAGUUUAAGAACUGUGCAGCCCCAAAACGUUAAUGAAAAUGCACUUUUGUUUACCAACACAGACUCCCGACCGAAAAUGGCUCAUUUUUGAUGGACCCGUUGAUGCGGUGUGGAUUGAAAACAUGAACACUGUCCUUGAUGACAACAAGAAGGUAAAUAUGUUCACUUAAACCUUUAAAGCCUUAGAUCAAGAUUUGAAUUCUCGUUUGUUGCUCCUAUUCAUUUCCUACAGAAGUAGUGGGGAGAAGUUGAUAAAAUAUCAAGCAAAUUCAUCUUGUGUGAUCAUGUCCGUAAUUCUCAUGACCACUCUGUUUUACAAAGCAUUGAUAUAAUUACAGGCAGAAAUUUCACGCUGAUUACUCUUAGGGCUUAAAGGGUUAAACCUUACGGUCCCUGGAGUUUUUUUUAUCAAACUUCGUGUACCCGACACAGAUGACGUGAAACAAAAGACCUCUUUGUUUUCUGUUCAUCUUUGUCUGGUACACGAAGUAAAUGUCACUCGCUGAAUGUCAGAUUCAGGACAGUAUUCUUGCUUCAGGAUCCCUUCCCGCUUCAGCAUAUCUAAAUAGUGUAGUAUUGUUUUUUCAGCUUUGUUUGAACAGUGGUGAAAUCAUUCAGCUUGCGCCAACUACAAACUUGAUCUUUGAGCCCUUGGACUUGGAGGUUGCGUCCCCCGCCACUGUAAGUACGAUUCUUGUUCUCAGUGGAAACCUGGUUAACUUUGGAAAUCCUAGAAAGUUCAGAAAAUGCUUUAGAUGCCAAUAACACCAUCCACCACAAUACAAAAAAAUAAAUCGCAAUAGCAGGCCUUUUAGCAAAAGGAGCAGCGAAGGCUAUGCAACCACAGGAGAACCAGUUCACUUGUCCCCUGCCCAACAUUUUGCAUCAAAAUUGAGCAUAAGCGAGGCGAGGAGACCUAACGAAGCCAAAACGUAUAAGAGAUUAGCAUCAUAUCAUCGUCAAACUUGUAUAUGAGCCUCUGAUGUUAUUUUUAGAGAUUGAUGCUUGGCAUAUUGACCAUUGUAGGUGAGUCGCUGUGGUAUGAUUUACAUGGAGCCCCACAUGCUCGGAUGGAAGCCAUUGCUUGUCUCAUGGCUCAAUACUCUUCCUAAGACGCUUAACGAAGAGAACCGUGAACUCAUCAAGGAUCUGUUUGAUAGAAUGGAAGAAGCACUGCUGCAGUUCAUCCGCAAGGGAGGGUUCAAGGUAAAGGGAAACUCGUCAGUUAAGUCCUUUAAAUCCAAUUACAGUGAUGUGAGGGUAAAUUACCCAUGGGGGUGUCCAGUCCUUUAGUACAGGUAACAUGCUUAUUGCAUGUACCUUGGAAAGCUGGGGAGAUUAUCUGGUAAGGCGUUAGCCACAUUAGGUCAUUAUUUUCGUUGUUUUGUCCAGGAACUCUCUCCCACAACCGACGCUAACAUGGUGAAAUCACACAUGAACCUUAUGGACACCAUGAUGGAUGAGUUCCAUGAUGAACAGAAGUUUAAAGAGCUCAAUGAAAGAGAAGUAGCCGCAUGGCUAGAGGUAUGACUCUUACUAAGAUUAUUUGUAUCGUUUUUGUAGCCUGGGUGGCAAUUGCCAAAGUCAUUGACUCUGUUUAUGUGAUCCUAAUAAAAGCUACUAGGAAGUACUUUUCUAUGGUACUGUUUAUAACGCUGGAUAAUGUUCUAACUUUUCUGUCUUUAGAGUCUAAUCGUAAUGUGUGAUCAUCCAAAUGAACUGUUUAUUGUUUAUUACGUUGUAAUGUUUGAGUCCGUGGAUGAUUGAUUUUUUUUUUCAUUUUUAAAUCUGGGAAUCCUUUUUAUCUAUAGAAUAACCUCUUGGGGUCCAUUGAAUUAAGCUUUUUGCUUUCGUUUUUUCCUAUUGUAGUGCAUCUUCUUGUUCUCUUGUGUGUGGUCGCUUGGUGCAUCCAUUGAUUUUAAAGGAAGAAAGGACUUUGACAAAGUGCUACGUGAGAUUGUGGAGGUAAUAAGAUUUUGACACACCCACGUAGGUAAUGCACAUAGCACUUUACUGAUGCUAAAAUUAAACCUGCCCUUUCUUGAAAGAGGUCAAGUUGCACCGUUUUAUUUGAAAGUUAAUAAAGGACUGUACAUUAUAGAGUAGAACCUCCCAUACGAACACAUUCUUGGAACCAGAAAGGGUGUUGUCUACCUAAGGCAGGUUACAACUGUUGGUAUGUCACUAGGAUUAUGAGUAAGAGUGAGCUUACAGGAAGUGUUCAUUAGCCAUCACUCAGUGUCUGCUUAUGUGAGAUGACCAGUGUCUAUGACUUAGUGUCUGCUAUGAGAGCUGUCCAUUGGCUAAAUGUCUGUUCAUUGGAGGUAUCUCUUAGCGGAGUUUCGACUGUAAUUCCUAUAUACUGUGGAGGGUGUGUAAUGAGUUAUUGCUUUUCUUGUUUUGUUCAGGGUCCCUUGUCGCUUGAAAGCAAGAGCAAGUACCACAUAAUGGAGAUAGUGGAUCCCCCACCACGCCCUUUCCUGUGUCCCUUCCCGAGCAAGGGAAUGGUGUAUGACUAUCGCUUCAUCAAAGAGGUACACAGUGUCAUCUAUACACCGACAAUCGAAUGUACAUGGCCUUCAUCAAGACAACAAAACUUAAUUUUUCUUUUUUACUUAAAUACGGACAAUUAGAGGAAAUCAAAGACGUGCUCACACUGCGACAUCAACUUAAUCUCAGUCUUAAAAGCGCUUGAUCAAUAAGCUUGUACACUGUACAUACUGGUCUAUAUAGUUGUUAAAUCUAGGAGCAAUGUUCUUUUCCCGUGUGUUUGUCUUAUGAUUUUGAAUAUCCCAAAGUGUAAAUGGAAAUCAUGGGUUUUUGUUUUCGUUUUCAGGGGAUGGGUAAGUGGGAGCUGUGGACUGAAGAGAUCAAAGAUGCUCCCCCUAUUCCUAAGGUGAGUUCGGAAUUUAGUAUUUGGUAUAUCUACGUCCUAUCCGAUCCGGUACACUACUGGAACAGCCUGACCUCGAAUACUUUCAGGGACAGUAGAGCAAUCGAAGCUCGCGGGUGGUGUGAAGUAGCCUCCCGCGAGAACAAACGAGUCGCGCGAGACUACGCGAAAUCGCCAAUCGAAUGUGAACGAGAGUUAGAUCAUAUUAGUGUUCGGCUCCGUCCAUGUCACAGUUCUCAGCUAUUUUGGGCCACAAAUUGAAAUCGUCUUCUUUUCUCGAGGACCUUUCUCCUUUUACUAAUAUAUUUAAUGGAAUAAUUUGCUGAAUAGAAUUGUGAUUUUAUUUUUGCAGGAGAUGGCUUUCAACGAGAUCAUAGUGCCGACUGUUGAUACAGUGCGGUAUACAUUCCUGCUGGAACAGCUGGUCUCCCACCAGAAGGCGUGUCUGUUUGUUGGGCCUACGGGAACAGGAAAAUCUGUUUACAUUACUGUAAGUAUGCUAUAGGCAUUAUCAAUUAUCCCUGUAACACUAACAUAUUAUGAGUAGGUAAUUUUGUCUUACAGGAGUUAUUGGUAAUUAAGGUGAAUUAGUUGUGUUGUUAUGUUGCGCCUUUAAAUAAACCUUAAGCCAGGCGGAGCGUAAGCGAGCGCCUCAUUCUCCUCGCUGCCAGUUCGUCGCUGCUUGCGCUCCCCUCCAUUGCUCUUUCUCAAGAAAACAGCCAGUUUCAGAGGAUGAAAGUUGCCGAUAACAGUAGUUAUUACUUCAUUUUCUAACUCCGUGUUUUAUUCUCCUACAGAACUUCCUUUUGAAGAAGCUGUCUGACACUUACAAGCCACUGCUGAUCAAUUUCUCAGCGCAGACCACGGCUAAACAGACACAAGACAUCAUCAUGUCCAAACUGGACAAGAGACGCAAAGGAGUGUUCGGUCCUCCUUUGGGCAAGAAAACGGUGUGUGUCUGUAGACAAAAAUCAUCAAUGAUAAUAAAACGUUACCAUUUGAAAUUACUGCCGAAGAGACUUCAUUCAAAUGGUAACACCAUCGGCUACCGUUUUAUCUGUCCGGCGAUAAGGCGCCUUUUUUUAAUCAAUUUUGAGAAGUGAAGGUGAAAAAUAACUCCUGUCCGUAAGAGACUUAUAACGAUAGAAAGAUGACAUGAUCGCACCCUAGCGUUAAUCCAGAGACGCAAGGGUUUGAAGUGCAUAGAUUUCUCAGCAACUUGGUUACUCCAAGUGUGAAUUGUAGAGACUUAAGAUGGGCUCGUACACUCAAGACUUUGUUCCCUUCUCUAUCGUGGUCGCAUGAGGUCCCCUGAGUGAUUUGUUUCUCCUGUGAUUGCAGGUUGUGUUUGUUGAUGAUCUGAACAUGCCAGCUCGCGAAGUGUAUGGUGCCCAGCCUCCAAUAGAACUGCUCCGUCAGUGGAUGGAUCACUGGAAUUGGUAAGCUUUUUUUUCUUAAGCUAGCCCGCUAUAGCUUACAUCGCGAUUACGAUCUUCACAACGUGAUAGAUAUGAUGGCAUCACAUCACUAUCACGAUGUACCAAGCGUUAUAUUUCAACUAUCUCAUCGUCAUCACUCUCAUUAAAUUGUUAUCGCUAUUAUCACAUCGCGGUCGCUAUCACCACAUUGCAAUCGCUAUAAUCGCAUCGCGAUCGCCAUCAGGUCAUGCGGCGGUCGCGAACACGAUGUGAUCGUCGCAAAAGAGCUUUUUCAUGACGCCGUGAUCGCUAUUAUCGCAUCACGAUCGUGAAUACAAAAUUCCCGGUGAUUUUGCAGGUAUGAUUUAAAGGACACCUCUCCAAUUCACCUGGUUGACAUUCAGAUGGUUGGUGCUAUGGGCCCACCUGGGGGUGGACGUAAUCCCGUCACACCUCGCUUCCUGCGUCAUUUUAACACCAUCAGCAUCACCACGUUUGAUGACAGCACCAUGAUCAAGAUAUUCGGUCGGAUCAUGGAAUGGCAUAUGACCACAAGGUACGUUCUACCAUACACGUGGGGAUGGGUAUCUUUCCUACCUCUCCCGGGGCUAAACUCCAUUAUUCCGUUAUCCCAGGGGUAAGCUCUCAGUGAGCAUUUUCUGCGAUAAACUUCUCUGUGAUUUAUACUAGUUUGUCCUUCCCCUUGGUAUUUAUCCUGAGUUGUCGAGCGUUUAAAGAUAAGGGAGCCGUUCGUUUGAAAAUUGGAAUUGGUUCUAAGGCAAGAGCUGCACUCUAAUUCAGGAAAAACUGAAUUGUCUUUAACUUUUUAUUUACCCGUGGAUAACACCGGUGUAGAGUUACCGGCGACUCUGUGUGUUUUUUUACGAAGUGCUGUUAAUCUCUGUUGUUUCAGGGGUUUUGCCAAAGAAUAUCUUGCCGUCGGCGAAUUGCUGGUUAGCAGUACUUUGGAAGUGUACAAGAACGCCAUGGCAAACCUGCUGCCGACCCCAGCUAAGUCGCAUUAUUUGUUCAACUUGAGAGACUUUGCUCGUGUGAUCCAAGGUACUCUCCUCUCCACCCCUGACAUUAUUGAAGAUCCAGAUAACCUCAAGCGACUCUGGUGCCAUGAGGUAUGCUAUCUUCAAUCCUAAAUGAUACAUAGUAAUAAAAUGGCGAGAGUGGUUUAACGAUCAUGACUCAGGAACUUGUGAAUCUUGAAAAACGCAGGAAAGACCGUGAAGUAAACUAAACAUGGUCUCACUGGAUUAAUGACUCUAGUCAAAAGCCAACAGUCACCGACAACAGUUAAACCAAUCAGAAUUGAACGUUAAAUAAUACAUAGUAACAAAACAACAAGAGUGAUUUAACGAUUAAUUGACUCGGAACCUGUGUCAUUUGAGUUCCAUGCAGAGAAAAGGGGAAAUCCUAGGGGGAUAAAAAAAACCCUCAUAGCUCAUAAUAAAAAGUAAUGCCAAACUGCACCUCCAUAAAUUUUGGGUAGGAUUUGACGUCGUCUUUAUCAGGAAGCGGAAAGGAGAAAAUUGGUUUAAGGAAGAAAUCCUCUUGGGAAGUCCUCUUAGCCGUAGUUGUCUUCAAAUUUAGUUGAUACGCUUAAGUUUGGUAUGUUGCAAGACGUAAUGUCAAACGAAAAUCAACAAAGAUGCUUGCCUGUACCGCUGGUCAAGUGGCCUGUGGGCAGCAUCUUUGAUCGGGGUGAGGGGGUGGGGGAAGGGGGUUGAGUUAGUCGUUUUGUCGUGUUACCACCGAAAGUACUUUGAUUACGAAUUUGUCGCCGAUUCUUGGACAAGUACCAACCGGAAGUUGAUUACGGGAUUUGGCCCCUGCAUAUUUUGGUUAGGGAAGAAGGAUUGCCGGAAAUGAAUUUCUAACCGGAAGUUUUUGUUUAAGGUUUACCGUGUAUACUAUGAUCGGUUGGUGGAUGACAGUGACAGACAAUGGCUGUUUAACUUCCUACAUGAAAUGAGUAAACCUCACCUGGGUGUGGAGUUUGACAAGUUGUUUGAACGACUGGACUCCAACCAAGAUGGCCGAGUAGAGGAAGAUGACUUACGAAGCUUGAUUUACUGUGAUUUCACGGAUCCCAAAGCUGAUCCUAAGCCUUAUGUUGAAGUCAAGGACUUGGAUAAACUGCGCAGUGUUGUGGAGACUUACUUGGAUGAGUUCAAUAACAUGAGCAAGAAGCCUAUGAAUUUGGUCUUGUUUAGGUAAACAUUAACAGCUUAAGGAAUAGGCCGUUCUGCAGUUUUGUAUUCAGUAACCUGGCCUUUGAAUAAAAGCGAGACUGAAGGUAUCCUUGUUUUGUUACAAAACUUCCUUUUUUCAUAUAUAAAUGUUGAUGUUCACGGGAGUGUUGGCAUGAGGAUAACACGAUUUGCCGACAUGAAAAGCAGGAAAACUGGAACUAACUAGGUCAGCUCCUGCCUUGCUUCCAGGGUACUGAGCACACAACUUGCAAGAUGGAGUAUUGAUGUUUCUCGGUCAGUGCGAAUCAGAAAAAUAGUCCAAGUUUUCCCAACACGAACCACACCUGUGACCCACUGUUUACUAGUCUAGGUUCUCUGCGACUGAGCUAUAGGAGACCAAUGAGAGCUCAGGCCAGUAAAUUAGGUUCGUGUGACAAUCAUGCCUAUAGCUAGUAUUGGAAUGUCGAUAGGUGUCUGGAGCCCAUCAAUAGGAGCCUCUAUCGCCAUUAAUUUUUUGAGCCAACCCUUUCCCUAGGGGCUUCUGUCGCUGUCAGGAAUUGUUUCAAGUGAUCAAGUAACCUUGCCGUUAUCAUACCUUACGUCUAAUUUUAGGUUUGCUAUUGAGCAUGUCUCUCGAAUCUCCCGUGUGAUCAAGCAACCUCGUGGUCAUUGUCUCCUGGUGGGCGUUGGUGGCAGUGGAAGACAGAGUCUGACCAGGCUAGCUGCGCAUAUGGCAGACUAUGACUUGUUCCAGGUAAUGUUAUCACUCUGACCAAUCAUAAUGUAUUCAGACACAGCUGAACCAAUCAGAACUGAAAGAAAAGGUGUUGACGUUGCGAGGCGCAGGAAAUCACCGUGAAGCAAACUAAACAUGGUCUGACUGGUUUAAUCACUCACCGACAACAGUUAAACCAAUCAGAAUUGAACGGUUAAGCAUGUCGUCAGCGUCAAGCGUGGGAAAACUUGUGGAAGCAAACUCACUCCUAAUUGGUUAAGAAAGGGCGGGAAUUUUUCUUUUUCGCAUUUUGCACCAACAAGUAACCGUGGCAUUUCCGAAUUAAAGCCAGCACAUACAAAUGAAAAUCCGCCUUAAUCAAAUUUAAUUUCCGCUGUAUAUGUUCCUCUAACAUCUUCUUGCAACUUAAUGUGUUCUUCAGGUUGAAAUUGGCAAAGGAUACACCUCAACCGAGUGGCGUGAAGAUUUGAAGGCAAUCCUGAGAAAGACAGCAGAAGGGGAAACGAACGGAGUGUUCCUAUUUACCGACACACAGGUGAGAAUAUCUCACAAAACUAUCAGCCUGUUCAAGCAAAGACCUGGCGACGUGAAACGAGACCUUGCCAACUCGUAAAAUAAGCUGGAUGCGAAUUCAACCUUUAUUCAAAAACAGCUGUUUUAAGCUGGAUGCGAAUUAAUUCCAGCUGCUGAUAUGUCCGCUGAGUUGAGGCCAGAUCGCCACGGUAGACAGCGCUUUCUUAUCUUUUUGUUGCGCGUACAAGGCAGUGAGAUUAUCAGCAGUAGGUUCCAGCAAAGUAAGCCAUGAAACCUCUUCACAAAGCUCCAAAAUUGUAUAGUUGUUAGCUCGGUAGCCUCAACGCCCAGCCCUGUGCUAGGCUUAGUUCAACUCGUUAACAAGGUGAAAACGUUCUGAACAAGCUCUAACACUUCCGCUAGCUGUUUUUGUUUUGUUUUGUUUUGUUUUUGUUUGUUUUUUUUGCAGCUUUUCUCCGUCAGAACCAUACACAACACCAGCUAAUGUGUUUCCCUGAUACAGGGCUAUUCCAGUCUGGGAUUAAAAGACGUCUCUGUCUUCACUGACUUUUCAUACUUUUGUUACCGUUUUAGAUAAAAGAGGAGUCUUUCUUGGAAGAUGUUAACAACUUGUUGAAUGCUGGCGAGGUGCCUAACCUGUUCCCUCUGGAUGAAAAACAAGAGAUUUGUGAAAAGAUGAGAGUCCUCGACAGGUACAAGUGCUUAUUUGUUGUAAUCAUCAUUUAGCUGAGGCAUCGAGGAGAGAAACAUUAUGUGCAAACAGUUUUAAAGCACCAUAAUAAAGAACUGAAUGAUCCUACUUUAAAAUUUCUGAUCACAGGCUCCAAAUUUACAAUUCCUUGUACGGUGUAAUGAACAGUACCUCAGCAAAGUACUGCUUGGUAGCUUUCUUUGAAUGGUCAAAUUAUAGCAAAUCAUCCUCGGACUCAAAAAUUAUAACUACCUUGUUUACCUUGAUAAACUUUACAGUGGAACCCCGCACUACUGACUCUUGCUCAAUAUGAAUACCCGUAUAUAACGGACAGUUACGUUUGUCCCGACACUGGAAAAUGACAUAUAAUUUCUCUAAAAAUAUCCCCCUUAAUACGGACACCUGGAUAAUAUGGCAAUAAUAUAGAAAGAGUCAAAAUAACUACCUAAUUAUUUGAUUCUUUAAGGCAACGCGACAAGUCCAAGCAGACAGACGGUUCUCCUGUUGCACUGUUUAACUACUUUGUUGAACGAGUCCGUGACCAGCUUCAUAUCGUGUUGGCCAUGAGCCCCAUUGGUGACGCUUUCCGUAACAGACUCAGAAAGUUCCCUUCACUGGUAAACUGCUGUACCAUCGACUGGUUUCAGGUAAUCAUGUUACAAGGGUUAAUUGUAGUUAGUGGAAUAUUUUCCUUGAUUCGUGUUAUACGCUCUACAAUCCUGGAGAAAAGUCCUUGGGACAAUAAUGCUGUAUUCAUAAUAAUUUAUACUUUCUGGGUGCUUUCACAAAAGAGUGCAUCAUUUUCGUAAUUGUCUUGCAGUUCUCCCUUCCCCUACCCUACACAAAGUUGAAUCUCGGGAAAAAUUCUGGAUACACCCUUCCAACUUUGUUUGUGGGGUGAGGGCAGGGGUUGGGCUUCUGCGAAUUUGAAAACGCCACAGAAAUGUAAAAGUGUCCCAAGACUUUUGUCCACCGUUGUAGUUUUCCCUUAUGGGUUUCGAUCAAUGUGCAAGUAUGUUGAAACUUGAUAUGUUCGUUAUCACUAGAGUUAUUCAUUGAUUACGGAUCCGCGUUCGUCACCAACUGAAAAGAAAUCGAGUCGAAAGGAGUCCAGUUUUCCGGCCGAGAUGCCCCUGAUAAAAUUGAUAGGGGCGGCUAAUCGGUAGUCGCCCGUGAUAGCUCGAAAAUUUCCUCUUUAAUGCCACAGGAACACCAGAUUAGAAUGCGUUCUGACGAACGCGAAAAGCGCUUUAAACCACCUUGGUUUUUAUUUUUCAGUCUUGGCCAGACGAUGCCCUUCAAGUUGUAGCUCAGCGAUUUUUGGAGGAGCUAGAAAUGGAGCCGCAAGUAAAGAAGGGCUGUGUUCAGAUGUGCAAGACCUUCCACACUGGAACAAGAAACUUGUCGAAAUCAUUCCUGGACGAGCUCAAGAGGCACAACUACGUGACACCAACUUCGUAUUUGGAACUCAUAUCAACUUUCAAGAACCUUCUCAACAUGAAACAAGUGUAAGCACAACUGUUAUUAAGUGUUUCCUUUGGUUUAGAUUUCUUGUAAGACUAAGAGCAGAAUUUUGAUUCGCUUUCAGAGAAGUGUCGAUAGUACUUUUUGGAUUGUUAGGGAUUUUUUGCGAUUUGUGAUUGGUCAAAAAAAUAUCGCGCCACUUUCUUAAUCAAUCAGACUUAAUGCGAAAAACAACCACGACUUUUUCACGUGCCUUUCCCCCUCUCAAUGCCAGCUUCAUGUUUUCACUUGGAAUUGUGAUUUGUUCAUUUGAAUGGCUGCUUGCAUAGUUUAGUUAUACGACAAUAUUAUAAUUGCUCUUUGGUGUUAGAAGAGUUGCUAAUGUUUUGUUUUAUUUUACAGUGAAGUUCUGAAAGCAAAGAAACGAUAUGAGACUGGUUUGGACAAGCUGGCAUCUGCUCAGUCACAGGUAACAAACUUCAUUGCAUUGAUUGGUAAUGAAAUUCAUAUCGAUUUAAUCCCCAGAAAAUCGAGUUUCGAGGUCAUAAACUCGAGUACCAGUCUCUUUCGUUGCACAUGUUGUUACUUGCAGUAACAAAUUUAGAUAAAAUGUAUGACAGAUAUCGAGAUCUUAACAGUCUUAGCUUUCUUUUGGUUUCACCGCUCUAACAGUCAUAGCUGUCAUUUAUUGUCAGGUAUCAGCUAUGCAGGGUGAACUGGAAGCUCUGCAACCACAGCUUAUUCAAGCAGGGAAGGAGGUGGAUGAGAUCAUGGUUGUUAUUGAAAAAGAUUCAGUGGAAGUCGCCAAAAAAGAAAAGGUAAGGAAAAUUGCCGGAGUAGUGUAGGAGGUGCUCGAAAGGUCUCUUCUAAUUGGUCGCGAGAAAACAAUGACAUGUCAUUCUUCCAAUUGUUUUAGUAUUGUUUGGGGUCAGGGAAACGCACCAUUGGUGACAUCUCUUGCGAGCAGCUGCUACAUACCCUGAUUGCUACCUCUCCUUAAUCAAUCGAUUUGAAAGUCGAAGGUGCUGCUUGCUGCAGAACUGGGAUAAGUCUCUGUUGUGUGUACCUCCCACUGGUCCCAAAUGCUCCUCCUCUGAACUCUUUAAGUUCCAAGAGUGACCAACAGCAAUUUUUUCCGAACAAUACCAAUACAUACUGAAGGGAAAAACGUUAUAACAAUUAAUGAAAUAGUACCUAACGGAAAAUGCUUUGAUCUUUAGACAAAUUCUCUCAACUAAUUCUUAAAGGAAAUGUAUGGAGAAUUUGUAUGUGGAUACAGGGGCUUAAAGGGUUCGCGAGAGGUAUACGCCGAAUAUGGUUUUACUUUAUGGGUGAUUGAUUUGUUGAGUUGAUUUUGUUCUUGUUUGUUAGGUGGUGAAGGCAGACGAGGCGGUUGCCAACAAGCAGGCAGCAGCUGCUCAGGCUAUUAAAGAUGAAUGUGACAAAGAUCUUGGUGAAGCUAUUCCCAUCUUAGAGGCUGCUUUAGCUGCUCUCAACACGCUCACACCUGCGGUGCGUAACCAACAUCAUUUCAAUAGAGCGAAGUUUGUUGUUGUCCAAUCACAACGUGGGCUGUCCGUCCAGAGCCAAUCAAAAUUCGAACCUUGUGUAUGAAGUGGGCUCCAAGCGCGGGAAAACUUGUGCAUGCAAGUGACGAUUGUUUUCAGUUUCAAUUUUGAUUGGAUAAGAAAGUGGCGUGACACUUUUUAGCCAAUCACAAAACGUAAGACUGUAAUGCUUUCCGUCAACUGCUUGUUCUAAAAAAGUACUUAGGGCGGGCGCUAACCGCCGAAAAACUUGUGCAUGCAAGCGAGGACUGUUUUCAGUGUCAACUCUGAUUGGAUAAGUAAGAGGCGUGGUGAUUGUCAGCCAAUCAGAAAACGUCGGAAUGCAAUGCUUUAACCCCCAUUUGCUUGUUCUUUUAUAGGAUAUCACUGUAAUGAAGACUAUGAAGUCGCCUCCCGCUGGCGUUAAACUUGUUAUGGAAGCUAUUUGUAUCUUGAAAGGAAUCAAGGCAGAGAGAAUCCCUGAUCCCUCUGGGUCAGGUAAGGCUCGAGAAAUUCAGUACCGUAAAUUCUAUAUUAAGCCCCUGAAGGCAUAUAUAUUGCAAGUACGUAUUAGGCGGGGGGCUUAAUAGAGAGGGGGCUUAUUUAAUUAGACUGCAAAACAGUUGUUGUUUUUUUCUUAAAAUCGGUUUAGCUUAGCGGAACAGUCUCACGCGCGCGAGCCUCACACUCCCAUAGGGCUUCUCUCCCCAGUUUCUCUCCCCGUUUUCAGCCUCGUUCCAGACCUUUUGUUUGAAUGUUCGCUCGUCAUUGAAUACGCAAAAAUACGGACUGUUUUGCUGUCUAGCUUAACCGAGGAUUUGCGGUACGUGCACUAGGAAUUGGAAGGGUUCAGUUGGGAGAAUAUUCGGUCUCAUUGCUUUAGACGAAAUCCUAUGGAAUAGCCAUAAACUCUUACGCGUCUAAUAAUUGACUUGGAUUCUUCCACAGGAAAAAAGAUUGAAGACUUUUGGGGGCCUUCAAAACGUCUGUUGGGUGACAUGAACUUCCUAAAGUCCCUGCAAAACUACGACAAAGAUAACAUCCCUCCUGCAAUUAUCAAAACCAUUCGACAAAAGUACACUUCAAAUGCCGAGUUUGAUCCUGAAAAGAUCAAGACUGCAUCCACUGCUGCAGAGGGAUUGUGCAAGUGGGUCGUAGCGAUGGAGUCUUAUGACAAGUAAGUCUGGCAUAAGAAUGUCUUUAAAGGGUUAGUGCAUGUUUUAUUGCGCGUUUUGAUUACCGCGGCAGGAUAAGCCCAGUCGGUUGAGCGCUUGACUGCAGAGCGGAAGGUUGCGGGUUCAAUUCCCGAGACCGGACUAAUACUAGAGGUCUUAAAAUAACUGAGAAUUGAAGUUACUGCCUUUACCUUUCAUGCGGCUAGACCUUCACGUGGCUCGGAUAACCACGUAAAAUGGCGGUUCCGUCUCCAGUAGGAGACGUUAGUAUACUAUAGUGUCCCCAAUUAGUAAUUUUGUGCUAAAUACAUUGAAACUCAAAUAAAGUGCGCCAAGGUCCUAGUUAAUUAGAUAGGUAUGUGGCUAUCUGUUGGAUAACGCUAUUGGCAAGAAACUUACUCGUAUGCACUGGAUAAGUAGGUACAGUCUUCAGCCUUGGGUGUCUCGAUGCGCCUGUAGUACUCCCCACCCUACUAGUUAAGCGAUUUAUCGGGGCCUGGUUAGUCUACUUCACUGCUGUCUUUUGUGUCGUCACGCAACACUCCUUCCCACAAGAGAGAAGAGGAGGAGGAGGGGUGGGGGGAAGCGUUGUGUGACGACACAAAGAACGGCUGUGAAGCAGACUGCGGCCUGGUUGUUCAAACGCUAUCAGGAAAACUAAUUCCUGUAUCCAUUGGAUGGUGAUUUAUCCAGUCGAUAGCGUCCACCUUUUGAACAAGUUCAAUCCCACUAACUGUGAUCAGAAUGUCAGCAUGUGUUUAGAACUAACUACACAACUGGCGGGACUGGUCACUGCCUUUCUGCUUUGGUUUUAGUGGCGACACUCAUACGCCGCGAAUGAUUGUGAUUCGGUACCCAAACAAUCCCAGAAGUAGCGGAAGCCAGUGUUCCAUCUCACAGGGACUAGUGCGUAUUGCGGUUCUGUUUUCUCUAUGAGCGCUAACAGAUCCUCUUAACUGAGUCCAAUAUUCUUUGUCGUUUUCAGGGUGGCACGAGUUGUGGCUCCGAAGAAAGCAGCUCUGAAGGAAGCUGAAGCGGAGUUAGCUGUUGCUAUGGAGGUGAGCGUUUUUUACUCUUGCUCUCGGGUUUUCAUUCUCUUUCUGACCUGUUAUUGCGCAGAUUUCCCCAUAAUAGCAUAGGAGAUAUGGAACGCGCGCGUUUUGAAUGGUGUCCCAUCUUUAAGGCUAAAAGGGAUAAAGGGAACGAAAAGUAAACAAAAGCGUCUUUGCAGACGUUCCCUUUUCCCCCUCCUCGCGUGACUCUCUCGCUCUCGCGCGCCGGAAUUUCCCUUUAAUACCUGCCACGCAGGCUACAUGUUUAUCUCUAGGACGUUAGAGCGCGUGACAAACUUUGAAAUCAUCAUGUGUGCAGUCAUUUUCUUGUUAUGUCAUGUUGCCUUUGCAAAAUCUGUCAGUACAAAAGUUUGGGUUUGGUUUAAUACGUCGCGAGCUGGUACACAGAUAGCAAGUUAGUGGGGCAGGAACGUGUGACGAACCCCUAAGAACUUCUGCGUGGGAGGCUAGUUAACAAAUGGAAAACUUGGAAAACAAGUGUUUACUGUUUAUGUUCUUGUUUCUUGGUAGAGCCUCAACAAGAAGCGAUCCGCUCUUCAAGAGGUUCAGGACAAACUGGCUCGACUACAGGAGAAAUACGAAGCUAACGUAAAGAAGAAGGCAGAUUUAGAAAAACAGGUAGGAUCAAGUAAAUGAUAUUUUUUGUAAUUUAUUGUUCUUAGUCUUUUUUAACAUUUUUCUGUUUUUUUUUGUAGGUUGACCUUUGUACGAAGAAACUUGAGCGCGCAGAGAAACUCAUUGGUGGACUUGGUGGCGAGAAAACAAGGUCAGUUUCAUUUUUUACCAAACAGUAAAAUACCAAAAUAAAUGCAAAGAAGAUCAUCGUUGUGAGAGACCCAACUUAUGCAAUUCCGGAUAGAAAAUUUGGAAAAAAUCAAGCGUGCAGAGAUUUGAACAUUGGCCUCUUGCGAUAUCGGUGCAGUGCUCUAACUAAUUGAGCUAGCAAACCAACUGGUAGCCUGUGUAAAGACCUUCCUCCACCAACUUCCCCUCAGGAGAAAUCGGAGAAGAGGGGUCUGUACACAGGCUAACCAACUGGGGGCUGGUCAUUAAACUGGUUUGUAACACACUCGAGAAAGAUAGAGGUGAAGUGCUCAAUACUUAAUCAUUUCGCCUUCAUCGGUUUUUUAACGCGCGUAGCUCACUCGAAAGUGUGCUAGAGUACUUUACUACAGUCUUCAAUGGUACCUGUAGAAAACGAACUUGAGGUUCCUGUAGGGAGUCGACGUAAUUCCCCGUAGAAUAUUCCCGACGACGCUCCACAUACCCUUUAAGGUGAGAUACGGUAUUUUAUGGGAAGGUGAAUGUAUUUUUAUAUAGUGACGUGUUUGUCUGUACCACCUACUUUUUUUCAGAUGGACUGAAGUGGCCAAGCAGCUUGGUAUCAAGUUUACAAAUCUCAUUGGAGAUGUGUUAGUAUCGUCGGGAGUGGUGGCGUACUUAGGAGCUUUCACAGCUGCCUUUAGACAGGUAAAUCUCACAAAGUUUUUUUCUUUUUAGCCUUGGGAAAACAGCUGAUAUUCCACGUAGCCGUCACUGGUUUCCUGGUCUCCCCGGCAGCCGUUUUUGUCUACGAACGUUGUGUCAAGAGACAAAAACGGCUGUGUGAGAGAUUACCGGUUCCCCGCGAAGUGACAUCUGAGGAACGAACGCCAGAAAUUCUAGAUUUUUGGUGGAACGUCUGAUUGGUCGUGCCGCGAAGGAAAUUAUUUCAGCCAAUCAGAAGUACUUAACCCAGAUCUGGGAAGUAACACGUCAUUAGUAUGGAGUUUUUCGCGCUCUUUCCUCAGCCUCAUUUCGCGAGGAAACCAGUGAUGGCGUCGUGGCUGUUUUCUCAGGCUCUUUCCCCCUUUAAUUUGUUGACAACGUUCGAGUGGGUUGCGGGUAAGAACAGUCGCCUCUUGCUAAUACACGCCAUCUUGACUUCUUAAAUCGCGCCAUAAGUUUUGCUCCAUUUUUUCUUUUUAAUCUAUUUUUGUGGCUGAUUUUAAAUCGACGAGAGUCAGUAUUAUGGUGUAUUGAGAAAAGGUUUAGGUAUUCCUGUCUGCUCCAAGGAUUAUGCUCUCUCCACCCCCGUUACCAUCUUUAACUGUCGUUCCAUCGGUAACUCAAAAAGCUUUAUUAAGAGGCAAAGGAUUUUUAUAAAGGCUGGCGUGCGUCUCCUUCAACACCAUCAUCUUCCAAUUCUGUGUAGCUGUUGAUCACAGAAUGAUUUCUCUCGUUUUUUCUUGCCAGCAACAAACUGCAGAAUGGGUGGAAGCUUGCCGCGACACCAACAUCCCCUGUUCAAAUGACUUCUCGGUGACCGGGACUUUGGGAGACCCUGUGAAGAUAAGGGACUGGAACAUAGCUGGUCUACCAACCGACAGUUUUUCUAUCGAGAAUGGUAUCAUCAUCAGGUAAUUAGCGGUGCUCAUUAUUCAUUUCAUACAUUCUUCCUCGCCUCAGCCAUUCAUGUAGGAUAUCCCUUAGUCUGAAAUAUUUUACGGCUUCCCUCUCCCCAACGGGACGUUUUGCCUCCCGUUGUGAGGGGGGCAGGUAAAGCAGGGUAAUAGACCUUUUUUUCAAAAAUACUAUAAUACUCUUUGUUUUCCCUCCAAAAUUUGCAUUAGCAUUGAUUUUAAUUUCUCUUGUGGCUUACAAUCUCUCCAAGAGAAAUUAAAGACAAUACUUAUGAAAAAUUUUGAGUAUAUAUGGUAUUUUUGAAAAAGGCCUAUUGUGGAAUAAUUUUCUCAAAUUAUGAACACAGACAGGAAAAAGAAAGCAGAAAACAUCAUCUUCACUUACUUUUCAGUGUUUCGAAGUCGCGAUGAAACACUCUCCGCGUGUUUUUACUGUUGAUUUUUGAGUUUAAAAGCCUCUAAUAUUUACUUUUUGUUUACAGCAAUGCCAACCGUUGGCCAUUGAUGAUUGAUCCACAAGGACAGGCCAACAAGUGGGUGAAAAACAUGGAAAAGAAGAACAAUUUACACGUGAUUAAAAUGACGGACGCUGAUUACGUCAGGACACUGGAAAACUGCAUUCAGUUUGGAACUCCGGUAAGUUAUUUUGACAACAGCUCAAUUGUUUAUUUAAGUCGCUGAAUGCCUGUCUUUUUCUUGUGUUGUGAAUGUUUACUUUUACGCGUUUACCUGUUGUUUUUCGUAAGGCCUUGUUUUAUUUUAACCUUUUGCGUCAUGAAAACCUACAGCAUAAGUACUAGAAUGUAAUUAGAUGAAUAAGCAAGACUGGUUCAGUUUUUACACGAAGGAUUGUUUCCUCUCUGUUUUUAAGGUUUCUCGAAAUGCUCAUUUGUUUCUCUCCGCCUUUGCUCAGGAAUAUGAGCGACUUUUCAGUCUUGAUUCUUCGAAGUUAAGCCUAUUCGAAUAACGGAUAAUUCAUUUAGAGAAAAAAACGUUGAUCAUAGUUUGAGAAAACAGCCGACAUCAUCAAGUUUUGCGAGCUCACCAAUGAUUUCCCAGCGGUGAAGCCUGAGGAACGCGCGCAGAAAUUCCAUACUGUUGACGUUUCACUACCCAGAUCUGGGUAUUCUGAUUGGCUGAAGCAAAUUUUCAACCAAUCGGAAGUACAGCCAAGGUCUGUGUAGUAACACGUCAUCAGUAUGGAAUUUCCGUGCUUGGUCCUCAGACAAGGAAACCAGUACGUCUCAAAAUAUUGGCUGUUUCCUCAGACUACAUCAUCAUUCAUCAUUCAUUCAUCAGGUUUUACUUGAAAACGUUGGUGAAGAGUUGGACCCACUGCUGGAGCCGUUGCUUUUGAAACAGACCUUCAAACAGGGCGGCAGCAUCUGUAUCAAACUUGGAGACAGCGUCAUUGAAUACUCGAAAGAUUUCAGGUCAGUAUUCCAACAAACCACGAGAUCCUCUCUUGCGGAUCCUCUCUGGCUAUCACUUUUGUCUAGCUCUGACAAUAUGAAGAUGCGUCUAAGCAUUGUCUUUUUUCCCAUCGCCCCCCACUCGCUUUUAGAUCUCUCUAAACAAGGGUUACUUACCGCAAACUAUCUGUUGUCUAAAUCGACUGCCAUUUGUGCGUCCAGAGUAGGUGAUUUUGCAUUCGCGUUGCGCGCCUUGUGAUUGGGUGACAAAGCUGCGUGAUUUUCUUAACCAAUCAAAAGACAAAGCUGAAACCAUCAUAUUAAGCUUUCCCACAGAUGUUUACCUCGUUUGGUACUGGCUCCUUUAAUGUGAUUAGUUCAUGUUAUCUUCUGAACCUGUUGCGAUUAUUGUCGUUUCGCUUUGUCACCCUUAAACUAAACUCGUACCCAGAUCUCUCUCUGUUUUACGCUCGGCAGUUCUGAAUCCGUUGAAAGAACCCCGCCCUUCUCUGUACUCUACUCUGUUAACUCGAUUGUUGUUGAUGUUUUAGGUUCUACAUAACAACAAAACUGAGAAAUCCACACUACCUACCAGAGACAUCCGUGAAGGUUCGUAUGUCUCAAGUACCACUCAGCUUUGACACAUAUUUUAUAUUUCCCUUUCGACUUUAUUUUUGCCCAUCAAGUUCCGAUAAUGCUUAGUGUAAUAAUUUUAUGUAUCGCCUUUUAACUACAGGUGACUCUGCUGAAUUUUAUGAUCACGCCCGAGGGACUCGAGGAUCAACUACUCGGAAUUGUUGUGGCACGAGAGAGACCUGAGCUUGAGGAAGAGAAGAAUGCACUGAUUAUUCAGAGCGCUGAGAAUAAAAGGUACUGUUGACUCGGGGGGGAUCUAGGGGGAGGGUGCAGGGGGUGCGUACCCCCUCCCCCACUGAGAUGAUCAGCGGCUUUCUAAUACAACUGGUAUCCUACAAAAUGUGCAGAUAUGUACGAUAAGUAUUCUCAGCUGUUCACAUUAUGUUAUUGCCUAGUCAAAAGCCUUCUCCAUUGUAUUCGCUUUUAAACUUUGUUCACGUCACCAGUCAGAUACGCCAUUCCUUAGUGAUACACCUCCUACUAAGAAAAAUCCUUGACCCGCCUCUGUGACUAUGCUGUGUACUGUUCUUUUACAGAUUCCCCGUCCUUGCUUUCGCAUCUGCUUGGGCGUUACUUCUGCUGCUAGGGCUACUGAUUAGAUAACAACUGUUUCCUGUUUUACUCCUAUCUAGACAACUGAAAGAGAUUGAGGAUAAGAUUUUGGAAGUCCUGUCCUCUUCUGAGGGGAACAUCCUUGAAGAUGAGACUGCAAUCAACGUGUUGUCCUCGUCCAAGGUGCUGGCGAACGAAAUAUCGGAGAAGCAGGUUGGUCUUCACUCUUGUACCUCUCUUGCUUAAUGUGCCUUUUGGUUGUCUGUGGUUAGAUUAAGAGCCACAGUUGUUGCUUUUAUGCAUAGUGUUCUCUUUACUACUGGUUUAGGCUAUACACGCCGUGUUCAUAUGACAAAAAACUACCAUCAUCCUAAAUCAGUGUCCCCACAGUUCCAAGUUGCUCAAAGCCUCCGCUUUAAAAGCCAUAAUGUCUGAAAGUUUUCGGGGUUUGCACUCUUCCGUUUUACAAGUGAGAUUUUUCGGAACUCGGAAGUGGCCCAACCGAAUUCCUUUCGAUGUGUCUUCUGUAAUAAGGAGAGAGAACGGUUCAUAAAUAGGGAACGCCUGCUUGUGUCCUAGUCUGCCACACAGCCGUUUUUAGUGUCGUCACGCAGUUAAACAGUUAAUAGUGGUUUUAUUUGAGCUAUUUUCCUUUUUGAUUUAGGCCAUAGCUGAUGAGACAGAGCAGAAGAUAGACACCACCCGUAUGGGUUACACACCCAUCGCCACCCAUUCAGCCGUGUUGUUCUUCUCCAUUGCUGACCUGGCCAAUAUUGAACCCAUGUAUCAGUACUCUCUCACCUGGUUCAUCAAUCUUUUCAUUCUGUCCAUCGACAAUUCCGAGAAAUCCGAAGUCUUAGAGCAACGGUAAGAUUCUGAAAGGGGAAGGAUGGUUUCCGAUCCCGGGGAGGGGGGGACUCCCUGUUUUGCUUUAGGUGGGUAUUUGCCGCUUAACAGGGUGGGUAUACAAUUUCACUAUUUUGCGUAAACAGGGUCAGGGUAGACCUCUACCCAAACUUCCCUUGAGUGCUCCCCCCGGGUCCCAAAAGAUUGAUGGCACGAGAAAUAAUAAUCUCCUUAUUGUCAUAUCGAGCAUUAGUGGUUUGAGGAACCUUCAGUAAAAAUUCAAAAACGCACAGCAGAAAGAUUUAGAAGAUUUUGUAUAUCUGAUGUGCCCCAAACUGAGAUAGUUCAAGCAUCUUCGUUAGGCCCUACCUACUUCUUGUCAUUUCCCUCCUUAAAGCUGAUUUUUCAUCUUUGAAACCUAAGUAACCUUGCUAUAUAACUGUGACUGAGUGUUUCAAGUGUGGGAUUGAUUCUUCCGGUAGCUUAUUGAUAAAUUUACGUUAACUGUGGGGCAAAAAAUUGUAGACUUAUCUCUACCUUUAGUGUGUAUCGAGGUAUCAUUUUUGCUUUUGUUGAUUGUAUUCUUUAAGAGCUUGGAAGGGAACACCUUUUCAAUCCUUGCAAAUUGUAGCCCAAAGUAAAGUAAGGUUUCCAUUUUCGUGGGAAAAAAAAUUUUUUCUUCGCCAGAUUCCAACUCGCGUUCUCGGGAUUAGAUCUUCUAGUGUUCUGACUGAUUGAACAAUGGUGGUCUUAUAUUGGUGUAUUAGUGGUCUUAUGUUGAUGCAAUAGUUAACCUAUAUAGGUGUAAUAGUAGACUUAUAUUGCUGUAAUAGUGGACUUAAUUGGUAUAAUGUAAUGUGGAUUGCGUUUAUAGGUUGACGAAUCUGACGGAUCACUUUACCUACUCACUGUAUUGUAACGUGUGCCGCUCGCUGUUUGAAAAAGACAAGGUAAGUUUCUGGGAUAAUAUAUUUAAUUACCCCUUAUUCGAGAAGGAUAUGUUGAAAACUAUCAAAGUCGCAAAGUCGUGAAAUAUUGCAGAAGUUUUUGUGAUGCAGUUUUGGUGUUCGCAACUCCGCCCCCAUCAUACAACGUCUGUUCAAUGUCGCGACAUUGUAGAGCUUUAUUUUUGCUCGUUUCUGUCAAAACACUUUCAAACUUGGCAGGUUUCAGAGGCGCUCCCUCUAGCAGUGUCGAUGGAUCCGUAUUCAAAAUGAAAAAUACUUUUAAAGGGUCUAAUUUGUUAUCAAAUUACCUUUUUUUCAGCUGCUGUUUUCAUUCCUGUUGUGCGUCAAUCUUCUGAAAAGCAAAGGAGAAGUCUGUGAUAAUGAAUGGCGUUUCCUUCUGACUGGCGGAGUGGGCCUGGACAACCCACAUUCCAACCCUUCUUCGUGGCUACCGUCGAGGUCCUGGGACGAGCUAUGCAGGCUGGAUGACUUAUCUCCGUAAGUUGCACUCUUCAUUUCCCUUUACAACUGCAGUUCCUUAGUCUCGAUCGCAGCCGCCCGGGCCGACGUCACGCAAUGCUCCUUCGCCCCCACGCGGGUGAGCAUCGCGUGACUCCGGUCCGAGCGGCGUCUAAGGAGACUAACAGCCCCAGGCCAGCCAAAAUUACUUAUUGUUGUAAAAAAUCUCCAUUGUUUUGUUUUGUUUUCUUUUCUGAUCACUGGUUUCUAUCUACUGUUUUGUGUUACCUGAUAUCUGUUUUCUAUAUCCAAUUUUCGUCUUCCACUCUCUGAUUUCCGCUUUCUACUUUCUGCGUUCUGUUUUCGGGUUUCUUUUUUCCGUUUUCUCAACACAUCACAUCGACAAUUAGCUAAAAGCACCCACAGUAACUUAGACCCUCCUUCACUUGUUUGUUUCUGUACUCACUCACUCCUUUCUGCACGUGUUUUGUGCCUCGCAGGUUUAAGGGAUUCCGACAAAAGUUUCCAAAGCAUUUGGAAGGAUGGAAGAAGAUUUACGAUAGUAAUGUAAGUAGUUAUUGAUAUAUAUGAAUUUAAUCGUACUCUUACAAACUAAUAACAGAAUCAAGAAGGAAAAUAAACUUCCUUAAAGUUUUACAGUCUAUACUCUUUAACUACAAAUGUUGCUUUUGUACGUUUCUGUAGGAACCUCAGAACGAGCCUUUACCAGGAGACUGGAACGAGAAACUUGGCCAGUUUCAGAAAAUGGUGAUUCUGCGCUGCCUUCGUCCAGACAAGGUUUGUAACUAGUACACCCUUCAUUGUUGGAACGUUAUGUUUACUCGACAAGUGUGUAUGGACGGAAACUGCGGUCUCAGAAACUUCUUCGUCUGUUGCAUUUGGAAAGAAUACCCUUUUUUGAGUCUAGCGAGUAUGUGCGUAGCUCUUGGUUAGUGCAGAAGAGCGAGAAAAGCUAGGGAGCGAGCGAGCGUAAAAUGGCGGGAAGAGAGAAGGGUUUCUUUCCAGCGCCCACGUUGUUUCUUACAACUUUUCUCGAGCCGCCUUCCUUAUUUUCAUAGAGCCAGAGACAGUCUUGAGUCUGGAAGGAAAGCUUUGCGUCUUCGUACUUUUCCUCGUGUAAUUGGUAUAUAAAAUAUUUAUUACGAUCAAACAUCUCCUCUGUUAAACAUCAUAGGACCGAAAAUAUCCCUUUCACGGCGUUCGGAUUCUGCGGUCGGCGCGAAGAGAUAUUAGGGCGUAAAACAGCGAAGGGGUGGGGUAGGGGGCUGACUUCGCGCUGCACUCCUUUAUCUGAAUGCUAGGCCUUCCUUCAAAUGUCAUGCCAAGGAUUUCUUUAGUAAUUUUGAGUUGUCUUUUGCAAAUACCAAAUUAGUUUUAUGUUUACCUUUCAGAUCACGCCCGCAGUACAAGACUUUGUUACUGUCAAGCUUGGUAAGCAGUUUAUUGAGCCGCCUCCGUUUGAUCUGGGCAAAGCUUUCGCUGAUUCCAACUGUUGUGCACCUCUGAUCUUUGUACUGUCGCCUGGAUCCGAUCCUACAGCCGCUCUGCUCAAGUUCGCUGAUGAUCAGGUUGGUGCGGAACAGUUUUACUAUUGUUGUUCUAGACUUUCUUCUCAUUCCUCCACGUCCUUGAAAUAUCUCAAUUUGCGGGGCUGCAUUUCUUAAACACUUCAGGAUUUCACUGGGAAAAAGUGGCAGCUUUAAUGAUUUUCCUGAACUAAUACAUAUACAUAUCAAAGUUGAAAUAAAAAAGACGUGGAGGGGUCUCUAAUCUAGAUCUCUUUUUACGAUGGAACUGGAUCGAAAUUGUAAAAUCACAGCUCAAAUUUUUUAUCUUCGUCGUCCCCGAUUGUUGAGCAAAUAUCCAUUCUUAUUUCAAUGAUAAAAAAUAUUCAGCGCGCUAAGGACGAUGGGAAGAGGGAAAAGACGGCUCUUCCUCCCUUCUUCCCUUCCCAUCGUCUCCCGCGCGCUUUUUUUCUCUCUCCCCAGUCUCCCUGACACCAAGAGACCUCUCCGCAGGAAAGAGUGUCUGUAUAAUUAGCUAUAGGAGUGAAUAGGUUUGAAUGACAGUCUUGUCUUCUUUGUCCCAGGGUUUCAGUGGAUCAAAAUUGAGCUCAUUAUCACUGGGUCAGGGACAGGGUCCAAUUGCCAUGCGCAUGAUAGAAAAAGCUAUCAAGGAUGGCACGUGGGUCGUACUACAGAACUGCCAUUUGGCAACUUCGUGGAUGCCAACACUUGAGAAAGUCUGUGAGGUAAAGUAAUUUUGAUUUAGUCUUAACGUUGGUCGUGUGCUUCUUCGGAUCAUCCACGGGGGUAUGACGUAAUUUUCUCGGCAGUCUUACAAGAUAUUCGGAAAAUCCGGGAACUAGUGGUUAUCGACAGCGCUCGGGAAAUCUUUGCAGUAUUGUUAAAAUUACGUCAAGAGCGUAUGCCACUGCGCUAACCUUACUUAAGUGAUGAAAAAUAUUGCACUCUUCCGUGCAGUCAAUUUCUUUGUAAGCAAAAGCUUUUGUCAUUGUGUUUAACAGCAAGUACUAGGUUAUAGGGUGAAGAUGUUAUAUUGAAGUUUUAAUAGAGAUGAGGUCUAACCGUUUGAAGUUAAGCGCAAAUGCGUUCUUCCAUCAUAACACCCUGAGUUGAGUAUAAAUGCGGUCGUUGACAUUGUGAUUGACUCAGUAACCCAGUGCUCUAAUAACUUAAGUGAUACUCAAAUGUUCUUCGAUUUCUUUUACUCGUGUUACAGGAGUUCAAUCCAGACGCGACACACCCGGACUUUCGUCUGUGGCUGACAAGUUACCCGUCACCAAACUUUCCAGUGUCCGUGCUGCAGAAUGGCGUCAAGAUGACGAACGAACCUCCGAAGGGACUUCGCUCCAAUAUCGUGCGAUCGUAUUUGAGUGACCCCAUCUCGGACCCUGAGUUCUUCACUACUUGUAACAAACCGGUCAGUAACGUGCACCAAGUUUUUCUUACACAUUUAAGUGUCGCGUUUAGUUGUAGAGUAUCGGGGUCGGCCAGGGUUUUUGGGUAUACGAUAUACAGGGGCUUUUUAAAUCGGGUAUACGGUAUAUUGCAGCUUAAAUACGGGUAUUUGGUAUAUCACUUUCUUUGAAUUUCAGGUAUAAAGUAUACCUGGGUAUAAUUUUGGGUAUAUUUGCAUGAAUUUUGGGUAAUUUGGGGUAUUUUGGCGAAUUUUUUUCGGGUAUACUGGUAUACCACUACCCCAUGGCCGACCCUGGAGUAUUGUGGAAAGGCUUUCAAAGUUAUAACCACAGACGGAAUUUUUGGAAGCCAUUGUACAGCAUAGUUAACAAUACUACAGACUACGCAGUACCUUUCAUUUGAAUAGUCGCAUUACUGGAUUUCAUCCACAGACUCAAAAGUUAUAACCACCUUGUACAGCAUAAUAAACAGCACGUAGGAAGGAGCUUAUUUGUGGCUUUCUUGUAAAGCAUGGAUACAUGUCAAAGAUGUUUUCAUGUUUUUUUCCCUUACAGAAAGAGUUCAAGAAAAUGUUGUUUGGCUUGUGCUUUUUCCACGCCAUCGUCCAAGAACGACGUCAGUUUGGUCCUCUGGGCUGGAACAUUCCGUAUGAGUUCAACGAAACUGAUCUGCGUAUCAGUGUUCGACAGCUGCACAUGUUCAUGAAUAAGUAUGAUGUAAGUGUUCUACUGGGAUGGUUUAACUACUACUCAAAAUAUCCACCAUUUUUCUUUGGCGCUAUGCAUGACCUCAUAGAUGUUUACGACGUCAGUUAUGACGUGCAGUGAGAAACAGUUUCACUGUCAGAUUCUUUUAAUCUCGAAGUUUUCAUUGCGAACGAGCGUUACCGGGGAGAAUACUAGCUAUCUAGCUACAUGUCAAAACGAUUUUCACUCCUAGGGGCUAGACAUUAGGCGCACAGUCAGUAAGUAUCCGUUUAAGAGUAUUGUCCGUCUUAUAGAGAGUCAAGUAUAGAGAGUAAAGAAAGGCAAGGACCAACUCUAGGUGUCCGUUUUACAAAGGUGUCCGUUUUGUAGAGGUGUCCGCUCAGAGCGAAUCGCCUGUAAAUAGAGUGUCUUCACAUGACGUUACGGCGACCAUAUUGGUGUCCCAAAACAAUGAAACGGCGGCCAUGUUGGUGUCCCAAACCGGUCUGAAAACGCUCUACAGGUUUCGUCGUCACUGUUUUAAUGUGGUGCACUUUGUUGCGUUUACAGGACGUCCAAUACGCCGCUCUGAGCUACCUCACGGGAGAAUGCAACUACGGAGGCCGUGUAACUGAUGACCGUGACAGACGAACCCUGUUGACGAUCCUGGAUAAGUUCUACUGCGCGGACAUUAAUGACAAUGAAGACUACAAGUUUUCACCAAGCGGCAGUUACUUUGCUCCUAAAGAAGGCGACUACGAAUCGUACAUCGAGUAUGCGCGCAGCCUUCCGCUCAUUGCGCAUCCUGAGGUAUUUGGAAUGCACGCCAACGCAGACAUCAGUAAGGACCAACAGGAAACCCAACAGCUGUUCAACAGCAUCCUUUUGACGCAGUCUCGAGCCUCAGCCAAAGGUGGAAAAUCCGACGACGAGAUACUCUUUGGGGUGGCUGAGGACAUUUUACACAAGCUGCCGAAGAACUUUGACACGGAAGCGGCACUGCGGAAAUAUCCCACCACAUAUACGCAGAGUAUGAACACUGUACUGGUGCAGGAAAUGGUCAGGUUUAACAGGCUCACAGAAGUCGUGCGAUCUUCGCUUAUCAACAUACAGAAAGCUAUUAAGGUAAAUGAACUUUUAGAUAAAAUGAAGCAUUUUUUUAUAGAGAUCUUGUUAGAAGUUUAGACUAAACUUAGAGUGGAAUCUUUAUUCCUUUAAAGUUAACCCUCCUUAAGGCAGACGCCAUUGCGACGGGAAGUGUCUGCGCGCCUUAUAGAGAGUCAGAGAAAAUGACUUACUCUAGGUGUCUGUAAGUGUUUAAGGAGUUAUUUAUUAGAAGAGAACUGACUGUAUUACUGAACCCUCUCGCACUCUUCGCUGGAAGUAGUACGUCAGACAACCUCUGUUAUUUCAAAUCAUGUUGCGUUCAUUGGGUUAAAUGUUGCACACUGCACUUGUGUCUUAAGGAAAUCUACCCGAGUUAUACGUUUUUAAAUUUUUGGCGGAAGAAUAUUACCUUGCGUCGCAUACCUUACCCCUCGGUAGAGACAUGUUACCGUUUUCUCUUACCCCUCCCUGCCGGGUAUAUAUUUUGCUCCUUUUUCGACAGGGUAUACGCACUCACAUGGUGUAGUUUUUGCUGCGUGUUGGGAAUGGGACUCACCUAGCCACUUAACCCGACCUUUUAUAUGUUCCCUUUUCAUUGUUCCACAGGGCCUGGUUGUUAUGUCCUCUGAACUAGAAGAGGUAGCGAGUGGCAUCCUUAAAGGCAAAAUCCCUGGUCUGUGGAUGAAGAAGUCUUAUCCCUCUCUUAAACCACUCGGCAGUUACGUCAACGAUCUGAUUGCUCGCCUUAAGUUUCUCCAAGAGUGGUAUGAUAAUGGAGCGCCUCCCGUGUUCUGGGUAUCUGGAUUUUUCUUCACUCAGGCCUUCUUAACGGGAUCAAAGCAGAACUACGCCAGAAAAUACACCAUUCCUAUUGAUCUUCUAACGUUUGACUUCGAGGUUCUUGACGACAAGAAUUAUGACACUCCACCCGAGGACGGUGUCUAUGUUAAUGGCUUGUUCAUGGAAGGCUCUCGAUGGGAUCGAGAGAAGAGAGUGAUUGGAGAAUCGCACCCGAAAGCUUUGUAUGACAGCAUGCCUGUUAUGUGGCUCAAGCCCUGCAAGAAGGAAGACAUUGUUGAUCGGCCGCACUAUGUCGCCCCAGUUUACAAAACAAGCGAGAGGAGAGGUACGCUCUCUACCACAGGCCACUCCACUAACUUCGUGAUGGACAUGCGCCUGCCAUCUGAUCAGCCACAGUCCCAUUGGAUCAUGCGUGGUGUGGCUCUACUUUGCCAGUUGGAUGACUAA